GCAAGAAUCUCAUUUAUUAGCGGGUGGAGCACCCUAUGCCAAUCUCUUUGACGGUGCUACCAACUACGCCCGGGCCUGCGCGUGCCAGCGACAAUUCCGUCUCGGUUCGUCCCCGCCGAUCCAUUGGUCUGGUCCUUCUGCCUUCUCGGCCUUAGGACGACAAACAUUCGCCUCUGCCAGCACUCCGCAGUUAAUUAACCUCGGCGGCGUCGCUUUGGCUUUCCUUCAUGGAUGUUGCAUGAGCGGAGCAGACUUCGGCUGCACACCACCUUUGCCUUAAAAUCGAGCCGUAGCUGAGCACCCAAACGAGCAACUUUUGCUAGCAAACGAGAAGAGCAAGACCCGGUCCCGCUUCGAGGCCUGCCGCCUGCCGCUUGCUGCAUCGACGAGCCGACUACUGCUGACAUCAUGGCUGAGGACCCCAACAACACAAGCGACAUGUCCGACCUUACCGAGCCCGCCGUCGCCGCGAAAGAGGAUGCUGAGACCACGGCGGCGCGGCGCGAGCUAAAGCAGACCACGAUAUCCGAGAAGGACGGGCCCGUGCAACUAUCGCAGGACGACAAGAGUGCCUCGGAGGACGAUGCCCCCCAAGAUAAAGCGUCCGCCCGGCGGAUCACGCCCGAUAUCAGCUUCGGCCCGCCCCAGGAUGAAGAUAUGAAGGAGGAGGUCUCGUCGCCCAAGAAGAAGCGGGCGCGCGACGAGCUGGACGAAAACCGGGAUGUUGCCGAGGCUCCUCUCGACGGAAAGACGCCUGGCAAGUCAAGCGCCACAAUAGCAAAGAGUAGGACAGACCGGUCCGAGCCUGAGAAGAAGCGGCCUCGGGAUCGCCAAGAACAAAGCGGGAAAGAAGUUGUAAAGGCACCCGCCCAGCCCCACCACGCCCUUGAUGUUAACACCCAGCAGGAGCCUCUGUCCGCCAGCACAUCCCCGAGAUCGAGCAUGGAACUGCCUUCGGAGACGAAGGAGACGACUGGCACCGCCACAGCGCAGACAUCGGAACCAGCGAGACCGUCAUCAGCCUUUGCUACCUCCGGCUUUGCUAAGCUGGCAGCGUCAUCCAUCUCACCAUUCGGCAGCAUAGGUGGCGCAGGGAAGCUCAGCUUAUUCGGCUCAUCGGGCACAUCUUCCUUUGGCAGUCUUCUUGGGGGCGGCUCCAAACCGGCUGAUCCGCCAGCGCCGCCGAAACUCAGGUUCGGCUCCGGUGCAGCUGCCUCCCCAUUUGCCGGAUUGAACGGGCAAGGCGGCGGAUCCGUGUUCAAGUCGAGUCCCUUUGCUAGUGCGUUCGGAGGUAGCGCCGUCCCUGGCUCGCGGCUCAACUUUGGCAAGCCCGGCGAGGCCCUCAAGAGCGACAAGCCGGCCAGGCCAUUCGGUGCGCCCGAAAGCGACGCCGAGGACAAGUCAGAGGGCGAAAGCAACGGAGACGAGGACACCAAGGGCGAUUCCGCAUCUGAUGAUGGGGAGAACAAGGAGGAGGACAGGGAGAAGGACGAGUCCAAGGCUGCUGGGGAUGAUAAGAAAAAGCCCAAGCUCCAGAAGAUCGUGGUCGACGACGGCGAAGGCAAGGAGCUGACGCUCUUCUCUGUGCGCGCCAAAAUGUACGUGAUGGAGAAGGGAGUCGGGUGGAAGGAGCGCGGCGCGGGCAUGCUCAAGGUGAACGUGCCCAAAUCGACGGUCGAGCUGGACAACCAAGGGGUUCCCGAUCCCGCCAGCUUCGACCCCUCGGUCCUGGAGGACGAGGAGGAAGGGCGCAAACACGUCCGGCUCAUCAUGAGGCAGGACCACACGCUGCGCGUCAUCCUGAACACGGUCAUCCUGCCGGCGAUGAAGUUCCAGGUCACAAAUCGGCUGAAGGCGUCGACCAUCCUGUUCACGGCGUUUGAGGGCGGCGAGGCGCGGCAGGUGCAGAUGAAGAUGAGCGAGGUGAAUGCCACGGCAUUCUCGCAGCUAGUUGAUUUAUUGAAGAAACGGCUCGCCGAUGUGUAGGGCACGGCCGCGCAAUGGACGCUGCAUCUAUAAGAUAAUGACGACCCUGCCUCCCUUU